AUGAUAGGCAGAAGGCGUUUAGAAGCCGAUAGCAAGGCUUGGCGAACCCGCAGCCGAGCCUCUGUCUCACGUAGGUUUCAUAUCAUUGGCUUUUCCGCUUUGGCGCUUUCCAUUAUCCUCUGCUUAAUAGCGGUCCCAUACAGGGACAACUACAUCAACGCUACGACACCGCACACCCAGUUGGGCAGCAUAAGGCACGAUGAUGGUGGCAACGGCAGCACGAGAAGCCAUCCAUCCUUCAAAGAUGUCAAGCUCCACAUCGUCAUCCCAGCCUCCCAUCAGGACGUGAAUCUGUGCAAGUUGGUCCUUGGUUGUUCGCUCCUGGACUACCCUAACCCGACAAUUGUAGCGUGGCGGGAUACGUACAAGCAGGCCUGGAUCCUCGGGGGAGGAAGCCACCUGGCCAAGGUGUUCAGGGUACUCGAGUACCUGCAGGCGCUCGACCCGUCCCAGGACGACGAGCUGGUCCUCAUGCUCGAUGCGUACGACGUCCAUCUGCAGCUUCCCAGGUCUACCCUCAUCAGCCGGUAUUACGAGCUCCGUGAUGCCGCACAGAAGCGUCUGGUCGAGUCUGUUGGCAAGACGGCCGUCCAGGACGGGGGACUGAGCCAGAGAAUCAUCUUUGGUGCCGGCAAGCGCUGCGCACCCAACGAGCCUCAUACCGUCGCAUGCUACGCGGUGCCUGAUUCGCCCAUGCCCCAGAUCUACGGACCCAACACGGACACCGCGAUCGGGCACAACCACCACUACAGCGUCAGGCAGCGUUACCUCAACUCGGGCUACGUCCUGGGUCCUGCCAAGGCCAUGCGCGAGAUGUACGAGGAGGCCUGGAAGUUCAUUCAGGCGCAGCCAGACAUGGACCCGGACGACGACGGCUCGCACACCAGCGACUAUGUGUAUCACGGUUCCGACCAGAGCGUGUUCGCGGCCAUGUAUGGCCGGCAGGAGUUUGCGCGGGAGAAGAUACGGCUGCAGUACGCCCCUGUGGGAACUCGCCCGCGGUCCUCGACAGUUUUCUUCACGCCCAUCGACAAUGUGCUCAACCCGAGCUUUCACCACGAAGAGUUCGACGUGGACUUGGACAGUGGGGAUAACCCAUACGAACAUGGCAUCUUUCUCGACUUUGCGAGCGACCUGGGCCACCAGACCAUCAACUCGGAGCUCGACGCCGCGUGGAUCCAAUACCGCGACCGAGACGAUGAGAAGGCGAUGAGCGCGCAGAUCGGACAGCGGCUCGCAGACUUUGACUGCCCGGCGAACCUGCCGGAGGCGCUACCACAUGACAUUGCCGAUGCGAGGAUCCCGACUGACGGCGACAUUGCGGCAUGGCCGUCGCCGUGGCUGUCGCGCCCGCUGUACACGCACCUAUGCAUGUCGCGUAUGCCCGUGCUGCGGCAUAUGAACGGCGACAAGAGCCACCGAGAGAAGCACUGGGACCGCAUGUGGUACGUGCCCCGCGCGCGGGAGCUGUUCAAGGCGCUGCAAGAGUCGAUGGCCCGGAAUGCCACGCUCAAGCCCAAGACGGAGCUCAAGCAUCACAUGGCAAAUCCUGCACUGGAAGUCGCGGGUGCGGUGUGGACCAAGCCUGAUGGGCUGUUGCGAUGGGAGGAUCUGUGUCCCGCGGAAGAGUAUGACAAGGAGAUCUUCAGGAAGGGUUGA